UCAUUCAUUAUAAAUAAACCUGUGAUUUGCAGCUGCAUUACUGUCAGAGCUGCUCUUACAAAGAAUCUGACCAACCAUCAUCCAGAAUUCAUCACGGCGUAAUGUUAAAUAAUAAACCUGGUCUACAGGUUAUGAGCUGCUCUCUUUUGUCACUGUCAAACCUUCUAAGUCUAAAAAGUCAUACGUUUUGAUCCCAGCAUCACCGAUGAGCAGUGUAUGUAGGGUCCUUGGUCUCACGCUUAAGUUGUAUUCUGUCUUAUUUGUGAGUGCUGAUUUAUAAGUGAGUGCUUGGUUAAGAUGCAUCACCUACAUGUGGUUUUUGUAAACCACACAGUUUAAAGAAACAUAUUCAUGUAAGAAACACGUAUACCCUCAUGUGUAUCAGACCGCACCAUUCUGGCUAAAGACCUCAAAGGUGGAGCCUGCCCUGUGUCUUGCACAUUUAUAAAUACCCCCACGUAGAGCUGAGGAAGAUCAGUAGAAGACCUGAGUAGCAUGCCCAGGUUAGCUUCGCUCACACAGACACAGCAAGCGGAGGUAUAUUUUAAGAUAGAGCUACGCUAUCUAGGGUGUAGUGAAACACUGACAUCUUUUAAUACAGAAACAGGAUAAACACCAAGUCCAGCCAUGCUGCAGACAUUGCUGAUUUGGGCCGUGUUUGCCGCAAGUCUCCUUCCUCCAUCCAGCCAGCGCUGCUUCAAGGCCAAUGAGUCUCAGUGUCAAGAUGUGGACUUCGCUCCAGGAUCUGACCUGGCAGGAGAAGGCUUUGACAUCACCACCAUGCAACGGAAAGGAGCCUUCGUCCUCGACAUGAGCACUUGGCUCAAUAAGGACAAGUCCUGCACUCUGUGUAAAAACCCCUACAUGGGAGGUCAAACUCAGAAGCUCCCGGUUUCUGUGGUGGACUGGAGACCGACUCAGAAGUGCCAAGUAAAGUUGUCCAGCUCCGUCUACGAGUCUAGUGAAUCCCUGGUUAGUUCCAGCACCUCCUCUAUUGAGAACAACUGGAAGGCAGGUUUGGAUAUAUCUGCUAUAAGAGGUCAAGCAUCACUGAUGCUGGCAGGCAGUAACUCCAAGCUGGCUGAAUAUUCACUAGGGAAAACCAAGAAAGACAAGUUCAGCUUCACCAGUCAUGCUGUUUCAUGUGGAUAUUACAGAUACAGGGUUUCGAGCAGUCCACUCCUGCACCCAGAGCUGAAGUAUAACUUCAAACGCCUCCCUGCAACAUAUGAUAAUCAUACAAAGCACCUCUAUUACAAGCUGAUUGACACAUUUGGUACUCAUUAUAUCUCAAAGGUGACUAUGGGUGGAGAAGUUCACUCUGUGACCAGCAUACAGCAAUGCCAGGCAUCCCUGCAGGGUCUGAGUGUGGAUGAGGUGAAGACAUGUCUGGAUGUGGAGGCUUCUGUCAGCGUGGGAAUUGCAAGCCUGCAGACUGAAUACCAUCACUGCAAGAAGGUCAUGGACAAGACUCUACACAGUAAGAGCUUCUCCAGCAGCUUCAGUGACAGGGAAACAAACAUGAUUGGUGGCUACACUCAGAGUGUUGACCUCCUAUUCUCCUCAAAUAAUGACCCCACGGCCUAUAAGGAGUGGGUUUCAUCUCUGCCUGCUCACCCUGAUGUGCUGUCUUAUUCAUUGGAGCCCCUUCAUGAAUUGCUGCCGACUAUGAUGCUGCGCAAGAAUUUGUGCAAAGCCAUCAAGGACUACAUACUUCAGAGAGGCCUCUGGAAAAAUUGCACAAGCCGUUGCAACAUCGGAGUGAAGGUUAAUACCAAGGAGCCGUGCAUCUGCAGUUGCCACAACAUCCCAGGUGUAGCUCUCAGCUGUUGCCCCACUCAGAGGGGAUUUGCUCAGAUCACUGUAACUGCAAUUAAAGCCACAGAUUUAUUUGGAGAUUACUUUACAAAGACAGAUGGAUAUGUCAAACUCUUCCGCAAUGGAAAGAUCUUCGUUGGCAUGACAUCUGUGAUCUGGGACAAUAACCGGCCAAUAUGGAACUGGGACUUCAAUCUUGGAACUGAGGACCUUACUCAGUUCCACAGUGUGAAGCUGGAGGUGUGGGACAGGGACAGCGGCUGGGAUGACGACCUACUCGGGGCGUGCACUAUUCAGUUGAAAUCUGGAGUGGAAAACAACUUCUGUAGCCUCAAUCACGGAACACUGUAUUAUAAAGUGCAGGUGACGUGCAUUCCGGGUUUGACCGGUCCUUCGUGCUCGGAGUACAAGCCCUCUCCUAUGGACGCACAUCUGGAGAAAGUCUAUGUCUCCCGCAAUGCUCGUCCGAUUCCCACAGGCAUGCUGGUGGAGAUGGGAGUGCUCCUCGAUGAACGUAUUCCUCGCUUUAACCAGAGCAACAUUCGCAAAAAUAAAGGCUUUGAGUUGUAGACCAAUUCAGUUCUUUGUGCACGCUUUCACAUUUUCAGACCAGCUAUUGUAAUGUUUAUAGUAGAGUAGGUGCACAUAAUAAUGGCACAUUACUACUAAACAUUUCCUCCUCAUUUGUGCUUCCAUUUGCCUUCUUUUUAAAGCCUAAUAAAAGUCUCACAAAGUAACAUACGGUAUUGUUAAAAUUGUGUAGUUUCAUGACUUAUGAGCGCUCCUUUUCACUGCUUCAAACUAAAGCCUAAUAAAAGUCUCAUGAAACAACCCUUUCAUAAUUUUUGCAAGCUCCACCACAUAAUUUCUUCACUUCCCAGCCCUCAGCACCUCUCCUAACCAUCCUCCCUUGCAGCUGAUGGUUUCACCACCUUUGACAAGUGAAUGAUACAAAAUUUGCUCGUUCUUCUCUUCUCCUCUUUAAUCUACACAUUCAGUCUUCUCCUCCUCUUGCUUUGAUAUGUUUUUGUCCUUUAUUAACAGAAUAGAUCCUGCAGACUAUCUGGUCUUGCAGUUGACUUGUCUUGUCUUGGUGGUGUCUGCAGCACCAAUUGCAGAACUCCCCAGAUCAUUUCACAAAACCUCCCUUUUUUCUCUUCUCUCAUUAAUGACUGCAUAACAUCUGGUCAUGUACAAAGUGCAGUCAAGGCAGCAAGUGUUAUUGCCAUCCUGAACUAAAUCAGGUGGCAUGAGGAGGAUCCACAUCUGCUCCAUGCUGUCUCUCCACAGGUGCCCCAUAUAGUGUCCCACAAUGGUCAGUGCUGGGUUCUCUUCCAUACACCCUCUAUUCCUUCUCAAUUGGUGAGGUUCUCAUUGAUUCCUUCUGAAUGUGGUAGCCAGGGAUGAGGUCAGCUGAUGACAGAAAGGAGGCAGAAGUAAUGCGUCUUAUACAGGGUGCAGCCGGGAAAAUAUAUGUAUUUCAAAUAGCCAAUAUGCAAUAAUGAGGAGGGCAGGUAAGCUCUGCACCUUGCUAACAGGCGGCAUAGAUGAUGCAAUUUCAAUAGCUGCAAUGCUAAAGCCUAGUGCCGGUCAGUAUGCCUCAGGCUUCUGAGAAUGACCACUCUGUGGCACUCUGUAGCUCUUGCAUAAGGAAGGCCAUGUGGUUUCCUCUUCAUCACAGACCCUGUUGUUCUGAACACUUCAACCCGCCUGUGACUGGUGUUAUGAUCAGGAAUGUUUCUGUGACACCUCACAUUGAAUUCUUUACGGAAAAGCCACUAAACAGCAAUAAUGAAUUCACUCCUUUGUUCACACGAGUUCACAAGUUUCAUGCUGCUUGUUAACAAAGGGGCGGAGCUUACAGUCCUUCUCGUUGCUGCAUACUGGCUGUUCGAGAAACGCACAUUUCCUCUGCCACACCGUGUGUAUAUUGAGUUGAUUUGUAACAGGCUUCCAGCAGUUGGAGUUGUCUAUUUCCUCCUCAAAACCUGGCAAUCAGAAGUAAGAUUGAAGAUCACGUCAACGCAGCUUCAUCAUGCAUUACCAGCCAGUUCAACUCGCCUCCUCUACGUCCACAGCUGAUGGUUGACCAUGCCACUACUGCCACAGUCACUUCCUCACAUGGGUUUUCAUACUUCUGCUCUGUUGAUGACACACAAAUUAUCCUCAAAAUAGACUCUCAAGGUUCGGCAUGACUUGUGCACAUUUUUAUCAUGGAUGGCAGAGCAUCAGCUGAACAGAGCUGCUGUACACAAACAUGGGAGGUGUCAAGGUCUUGUGAUCUCCCUGGACAAAUCUCAGAUCUCAUCAACUGACUUUGCUCACAAAGCCCAAAAAUACUUAUCUAACACCAUUCUGCACCACACUUCCUUCACGACUCUAGCACGGCUCAGAUGGACCCACAAUCUCUCAGAGUACAAGAAAGAAAUGGAUCAAGGUUCUUCUCUGUCCUGGUACCCAUGUGGUUUCCCCUAGAUGUCCAAACAGCUGAGUCGCUGGCUGUCUUCAAAUGUAGACUAAAGACCAACCCUUUCACCAAACAAUUAAAGCA